GGAUCACUUGGAUACCAAGCAGCCAUCACCAGCAGCAACAGAACAAGGAAGAGGCAGAGACAUCGUCAUCGUCGUCGUCGUCGAGCUCAGCAUCAUCAAUCGCACUGCGGCACGAUGGCAUUGUCGAGGUCCAUGUCAUGUACUGCCAGGCUUGCGGCGUCGCACACCUGCCUGCACAACGUCUCGGCCAAUCCUGCCGUACUGCACAUCGCACGCGGAAGCCACCUCAAGGCCUCGUCGUUGGCCUCGACGUCUGCCCAAAGGCUGCCGGAUCCAAGACGGAGAUGUGCAUCUUCUUCAUCAAAGACCACUCUCCCUUCUCCUUCUACCAGACCUGCAGGGACGUCUAGGCCUCCGCCUCAAGACAAGGCGUACCAUGGCUACUUUAAACCUCGGAACGCCUCCGCCGGCAGCCUGAGCCUCUCCGACGUGGGCAGAGAGGUUGUCAUAGCAGGCUGGCUCGCCUCUUCCCGCCGUGUCAACUCUGAGCUGUCUUUCCACUCCCUCAGAGACUCCACUGGCUCAGUACAGCUCAAGGCGCAGCAUUCGCAAGGAUCAGGAGGAGGAGGAGGAGGAGGAGGAGGGGAGGACGACACACUCCUCUCUCUUCCACUCGAGUCUGUGGUGCACAUCGAAGGCAUAGUCGAGGCACGGCCAGAGGGUACGAUCCUCUCCAAGGACCUUCCAUCGGGAUCGAUCGAGGUACGCGUUACAUCUUGGCAAGUCCUCAACCCUGCCAAGGCUCAGCUGCCCUUCUACCCAGAGAAGGAACAUGAGCUGCCAAAGAGUGAAGAGACACGGAUACAGUAUAGAUAUCUCGACUUGAGGCGGAAAAGUCUGACGGACAACCUCAGGCUGAGGAGUCUGGUGGCGCAUACAGUCAGGGAUCAACUAUUUCGGCAAGGCUUUACGGAAGUCGAGACGCCUCUACUCCUACGGUCCACACCAGAAGGCGCUCGCGAGUUCCUCGUUCCCACCCGCUCUCCUUCUGCCCUCCGUACAAGUACAGACGUCUCCGAAGGCUCCUCUGCCUACCUAGCCGAGCUGGUCACCCAAGUUCCCACAUUCUACGCCCUCCCACAAUCGCCUCAACAGCCCAAGCAGAUUCUCAUGGCGUCUGGCGUGACAGACAAGUAUUACCAAUUUGCAAAGUGUUUUAGGGACGAAUCUAGUAGGAAAGAUCGGCAGCCCGAGUUCACACAGAUCGAUCUCGAAAUGGCCUUUGUCAGUGGACAGGGUGAGCCUGGGGAUACUUCUGGGUGGAGGAUGGGAGGGUCAGAAGUGCGGAGAGUGGUGGAAGGAAUGGUCAGGUCGAUCUGGCAAGCGGCGAGAGGCGUCGAUGUUCUCCCUGACGGUGAAGACGGGUCGUCGAGCGGUUUCCGCGUCAUGACGUACGAGGCGGCAAUGCGACGCUUCGGCGUAGACAAGCCUGACGUGCGCUUCGCCCUAGAGAUUGUCGAUCUUGCUGCUGGACUAAAAAAGCACUAUUUCAAGGGCGACGUAGAUGAUGAAGUCGGCAACGAGGAAGACGUCAAGCUCAUGAAAGAAAAGGCAGGGACGUUGGAGGUUCUGGCUUUCAGAGGGCCCAGGAGCGGUCAGGCUUUCAGUCGCAAAGAGGCCAUAGAGCUGACGAGGGACAAGUCAGGCGGAACUGGACAUCUGGAACGCUUCAAGGCCCUCCAUCCAGCACCGCACGCAAUCGCCCAGCUCCUGCUCCUCAAAUCUGCCCUUCUCCGCUCCUACCUAUCCGACACAGGUCUCUCCCCAGACGAAGUUGACGUCGAAGUCCUUGCGAAGCAGAUUCAGCUCGCCCUUGAAAAGGGCCGCUUUGAUCUGCCCCAGGCGGGGCAGAGUAGCAAGGUGGGGGCUGAGAUGGAUGAGGAGGUGCAGAUUUGGAUACAGAGGAGAGGAGACCCUUCAGUUGGUGAUUCGACGGAGUUGGGUGACUUGAGGGUCAGGCUGAGAGAUGCAGUCUUGCACAAAGGCUGGUCCACACUACCUACCCAUCCUCACUUCCUCUGGAUCACCGAGUUCCCGCUAUUCACCCGUGCCGACUCUGACAAGGCUGCUCUCUCCGGUGGUCGCUGGGCCUCAACGCAUCAUCCCUUCACAGCGCCCAUGCACUCCCAUCUUCCCGCUCUACAACGUAUCCUCAGCACUCUCGCCUCUAUUCCCUCUUCAUCUCCUGAUGAGCAAGGAAAAGUCCUCGCGGGCUUCGAAAGCUGGCUACGUCGUAUCCGCGGUCAACACUACGACCUUGUCCUCAACGGUGUCGAGAUUGGCGGCGGUUCAGUGCGAAUCCACUCUGCCCAUCUACAAGAGAGUAUCCUUCGCUCGAUCCACCAACUCUCCUCGGGGGAAGUAGGCCGUUUUGCCCAUUUGCUCGGGGCAUUGGAUUCGGGAUGUCCCCCUCAUGCAGGGAUUGCACUGGGAUUUGAUCGGCUGGUCAGCUUGUUGACGGAAAAGGAAAGCGCAUCUAUCAGAGAUGUCAUUGCUUUCCCCAAGAUUGGAGCAGCGGGGAGGGACCCGCUGUUUGGAAGUCCGAGCCCGAUUGGGGAGGUGGACAAGGAGGCGGCGCUGGCUUUGGAUGGAGAAAAGGGACAGGGCAAGGGCAAGAGCGACCGGCGACGACCAAAGAUUGGGGAGCGCCAUCUCCGCAAGCAAUCCUCCAAGUCGGAGGAGCAAGACUUGCGACUGCCUUUGCAGCAGGAACAGGGCACACGGCAGCAACUUGAAGAGCGCUCAAGCACCUCUGCUGCUGCUGAGGAAGAGGCAGCUGAGGAGGAAGACGUCGAGGAAGAAGAAGAAGACGGAGAAGACGAGGGCAAAGGCGAAGAAGCCAACCCCACUUCCUGCGCUCCCAAGCGAUCAUCCCUCCCUCCCCUCUCCCCCUCCCAACAGCACCAACAGCGCACCGAAUCUCUCCUCCUUGAAGAAUUUGCCCUCUGCCGUCUUGCUCCCCACUUGGAAGAAGAAAGGAUUCAAGUUCGAUCUAGAUUUAGAAAAAUUAGUAGGGCAAAGGCCAAGCGGGCUAGAAGGGUAGAGGAGGAGGAGAGGUUAAAAGAAGAGGAGAGGGAGAGGGAGGAGAGGAUGAGGAGGAGGGGGUUGAUUGAUUGAUUGAUUGAUUGAUUGAUUCAUGGAG